UUGAGGAAACGGUGUUUGAAUCUGAAGAAAAGGUUUAAAGAUCUGUGCUUCCCAAACGACAGUUUGAGAGCAAAAUACAGAUCCCCAGGCUCCAUCCUAGACUUAGGGAAUGAAAAUAUCAGAGGCAGGGCACAGGGAUUUGCAUUUUGCCUCCAAAUGAUUCCCAUGCACACUAAAGCUGGACACCCACUGCCCUGUAGCCUUUACUUUUAGAGAGAGUCACCUUGGUGAACUUUCGGGACCCUUCCAAGCCCUGGAGACUGUGGUUCAGGGAAGGGAAGGUGUGUGAAGGGCCAGCGCAGAGAGGAGCAGGACUGCUUCUGCCUUUCUGUGGCUGUCCUAUGUUCUAAAACCGAUCUAAAACUCCAUCCCAGUGCCCACUCUUAAUUUCACCUGUUGUGAGGAGGGGUGUGGUCUUAGCACCCUAGACUAGGCCCAUCUCUUGCUCUGGGAAGGUUUCAGACAGUUGGUUUGAACUCUCUCCAAGCAUACUUUGUGAUUCUGCCUGCAUCUUGGCACCCCCAGCCCAUCUGUCUAUUCUAGGUACCCUGUGAGUUCUUCAUGCUGUGGGUGCUGGGACCUGCUUGGCAACUGACUCCCUGGGAGCGUCUGGUUUUAAGUAACAGCAGCUGCUCCCGGAGCAACACCCACUUAAUCACAGAGGACACAGGAGCCAUGGGUCAGGCAAGUCUUCAGACUCCCUCAGCCUGUGUGGUGAGAAUCAGGGUCCCCCCAGAGAGCAGGAAAAAUCAAACCCAGGGUGCCUGCCUGCAAAUGCUCUCUACCCCCUUCACUUCCUACGCCUUAAGUCCCUCUUCCCCUGGCCUCAGUUUCCCCAUCUAUUCAAUCUAUCCAACACCCACCCCAGGGUUGCUUUGGGAGGAGAAAAAGCGGGGUUGCUGGAGAAGCAGCCCCUCCUACUCUCCUCUCCUCGCCCCUGCUUCUCCAGCGCCCGGUUGGGGGGCCUCACCGGCGGUCCUGUGCCUCAAGAAUGCCCUCGUAGGCGUGUGUCAUCGUCACGGGAGGAGGAAGAGGGAGAGACGGCGGCAAGGUCGCCACCCUCCACCCCCCCGGCCCCCGGCCCCGGGCCCCCGGCCCUCCGCGGCGUCUUCCGCAGCGUCGCCAGCAGCGGCCCGCGCCCCCGCGCGCUCCCCGCCCUGCCCGCCUCCGGCCCCGCGCGCCCGCCCCGGCGACCCUGCCGCUUGGAGCCGCGCCCCCGGGAGCCGCAGUGCCCAGCCGCCCGGGGCCGGCGCGGAGCAGGCGGCGAGAGGCGGCUCCCAUGCGGCACCGGCGUGGCGGCGCGGGCGGCGGGCGCAGGUGACAAGGCGCCAUGGGGCAGGCGGGCUUCAAGGGGCUGUCCCAGUCGCUGUUCGACUACAAGACCGAGAAGUAUGUCAUCGCCAAGAACAAGAAGGUGGGCCUGCUCUACCGGCUGCUGCAGGUCUCCAUCCUGACCUACCUGGUGGUUUGGGUGUUCCUGGUGAAGAAGGGUUACCAAGACACUGACACUUCCCUGCAGAGCAGCAUUGUCACCAAAGUCAAGGGCGUGACCUUCACCAACACAUCUGAGCUUGGGGAGCGGCUUUGGGAUGUUGCUGACUACGUCAUCCCACCCCAGGGAGAGAACGUCUUCUUCGUAGUCACCAACUUGAUUGUGACUCCCAACCAGCGGCAGGAAACCUGUGCUGAGAGUGAAAGCAUUCCAGAUGCCUGGUGCUACGCAGACAGUGACUGUCCUCCUGGGGAGCCUGUUGUGGCUGGAAAUGGAGUGAAGACUGGACGCUGCCUGCGGGUGGGGAACAUGCAAAGGGGCACCUGUGAGAUCUUCGCCUGGUGCCCAGUGGAGACGAAGCCCAGGCCAGUGAAGCCACUCCUGGGCAAGGCUGAAGACUUCACCGUUUAUAUAAAGAACUUCAUCCGUUUCCCCAAGUUCAACUUCUCCAAGACCAAUGUGCUAGACACCAAAGACAGAGCCUUCCUGAAGUCCUGUCAGUUUGGCCCCAAGAACCCCUACUGCCCCAUCUUCCGACUGGGGUCUGUGGUCAGCUGGACGGGGAGCAACUUCCAGGAGAUAGCCCUGCAGGGUGGUGUGAUAGGAAUUCAGAUUGAAUGGGACUGUGAUCUUGAUAAAGCGCCUUCUGAGUGCAACCCUCACUAUUCUUUUAGCCGUCUGGACAACAAAUUUUCAGAAAACUCAAUCUCCUCUGGGUACAACUUCAGGUUCGCCAAAUAUUACCGAGAUGGAGCUGGAGUGGAGUUCCGCACGCUGAUGAAAGCCUAUGGGAUCCGCUUUGAUGUGAUGGUGAAUGGCAAGGCAGGGAAGUUCAGCAUCAUCCCCACGAUCAUCAACAUCGGCUCCGGGGUGGCGCUCAUGGGUGCGGGAGCUUUCUUCUGUGACCUGGUACUUAUCUACUUCAUCAAGAAGAGCCAUUUUUACCGGGACAAGAAGUACGAGGAAGUGAGAAUCCUACGGGUCCCCCCGGGGCUUGCAGAGUCCUCGCAGCAGGGCGGGACCCCAGAGGCAGAGGAGGCCGAGCAGCCUGAGGUGCACCACGGAGGCGGCAGCCAGAAGGGGAAUGGCUGCCCAUGCCAGCAGCUCCUUGAGCCCGUCAGGUCUGGCCACCUGGGGAACGGAAAGGUCAACGCGGAGCAGCUACAGAACCUGCAGACAGCAGAGGCCUAGCCAGAGGUAUCCGCUGAGAGCAGAUUUGCUGAAGAUGUUGGGGCCAAGGCACCUGCAGCCCUGAACUGAAAAUUGUCUUUGUGUCUGCAUGGGACAGGUGCUUCCAGGCACGGCCAUCUCUUCUGCUCUUUGGGAUCUUGCUAUGGAGCUUUUUGUUAUGUGUGUUGGGUGUGUGUGGCAGGGGUGAGGCAGCCUCCUAGUGGCCAGAGUGGCUCAGAUCUACAAAAGGAGGCCUGGAAGAAGCAAGUGGGAGAAGGUCAGGGGCCUGGGUGGUACUGGAGUUCUUUUAUUUUUCUGAAGUGAAAAAUGUUCAUGCAUUCAUUCAUGCAUUCGUCUGAUACAUAUUAUUUGCUAUGGGCUGUGCCCUAUCCAAGAGAUGCUUAAAUGAGAUGCUGACCUGGCCCUCAGGGAGGGGAGCACACAUGUAAUUCCCUCCAGAGCCAGCAGACCUCAUAGCCAGCCUCAGCCACCCUGGCCUUCCUCCUGACUCUGGUUGAGACUUUCACAAAUCCCUGUUGAGAAUGGUGGCUCCUUGGAGAAAGACUCUGGCUAACAUCCAAGGGGACAAUUGGCCUUGCCCUCAGGGAAAAAAUUUAAAGGUGGCCAAGGAAGCAACCAGGAAAGGACUGGACAUGUGUAAGGAGGCAACUGGCCCUUGGGGGAGAGGCAGCCUCUGAGGGUUUCCAGCUAAGGUGGGGAAGCAGAGGCAGGGAGGCCUCUGCUCCAGUCUACCCACCCAGUCUCUGGAAGCUUUGGGCAUUGUGUCUCACCCUGUCUGUCUCUUGCAGUUCUGUGCAGCUGGGUGUCCCGACCUAGCCUCCCUCUGUUUCUCCUCCAAGGCUGGGUCUGAAGGGGUAAGGAGAUACAAUAGGUGGAGCUCACUUGGCCCGGAAGCAACUGUUAAUAGGGCGGCCCUAACCCCUCACCCCAGCCCCUCCUUCCCCACCCUGCUGCAUCCCGCCUCCACCCUGCAGACCCAAGCUGCUUCCCCCCUAGUGGCUGUAGAGCCUCACCACUUCAAGUGUGGCCUGUAGACCAGCAGCAUCAGCCUCCCCUAGGAGGCUGUUGGAGAUGGCAGUUGCGGGCCCCUCCCUUGUCCUCCAUCAGAACCUGUGUUUCAGCAAGAUUCCUAGGUGAUUCGUGUGAACAUUAUUGGUUGAGAGCACUGGUUAAAGAGAUAUGCCAAGACCGGGUUCAAGGCAGGAAAAGGCUGGCUUUGACAGAUGCUGCCUAUUUCUAGGUCAGACUGAUACACGUUGUACUUGGAGAGCAAUAGGAUUCCACCCCACCCCAGGAAAGUGGCAAGCUCCGUGUAUUUCAAUUAAAAUAUUUUGACUAGAUAAUACUUACAUGAUUCAAAAACUAAAAGGUACAAAAGAUUAUAGAGAAUGAAAAGCUUCCCUCCCACGAGGCAACCUGUGUUACCCAUUCCAAGAGGCUCUCCUGUUUUGUGGAGUAUCUACUCAGUGGCUCCUUGUGCCCUCACACAGGAAAUGAACUUUGCCUGAUGCUUACAAGAUCAGACCAAGUCUCCUCUGUCAGAAAGGGACACAAUGGAGGACACUUUAAGUACUGGGCUGGGGAGUCUGCUAGCUCAUUUCUCCCUCUUCCAGUGUCUGAGGAGUCCCUGUGUAAACCCCAAGGGAGAGACCCAGAACUUAUCACUCACUGUUGUCUGAUGGCUCAGGAGCAAAGGCCUAUGGUGCUGCCUCUGGCCGGGCAAGCUCCAGGGCUUUGUUUGCACAGUUACCCGGACGGACGCUAGGCAGUGUCCUCUUUGGAAGUGCUCUCUCUGGGCCUCCCUCAAGUCACCAGGGUUUGGUUUUUCCCUGCACACAGAGGAGGACGGAAGCAUCCUUCCACUGGAGGCCUUUGGAGAAGGUCAGAGGGAACUGCAAGAAGGCUGUGCCCCUGGGGCAAAGAAGCAUGGUCCCUCAAACAGCUCCGUUCUCUACAAGGAGCAAGCAGGUCCCUCGUUCUGGGCUGGUAACCUGUCAACAAGGCCGCUUGCUCUCUGAAUCGAAAGUGAAUAAUCCAGGUGAUCCACUAUGGUGUUCAAAUCCUAAGGCAAACCUUAGUAUUUGAUAAUCUAGCAUGUUACUUUUAUGUUUGGGAGGAAGUAAAAAAGGCAGGCAUCAUGGCUGCUUAGGAGUUAGUCUAGUUUCUUUGAACCUAUUGUUAGAAUUGCUUUGCAGCAGCCAUAUAACUUGGGGACAAGUUGUACUAUUUAUCUUAAAUGGAAGGAAGUGGCUUCCUUCAAUUAGUAAAUAUUUAUUGGGUACCUGUUGACAGGUGUGGGACUAAAUCUGAAAACACAGUUAUGAGAAACACUAAAACCGUCCCUGAACAAGUGCUUACAGUCUGGGAGGAAGUGAGCCUUCAUCAGUGGUCACGCCAAUGAUCACAAACUGAAUUUUCAGUAAGCGAUAGCCAGAGGUUUCCCCAAGGAUCGUACAUAUAAGCUGAAAAAUGAAAGCAGUCUAACUAGGUGAUGGGGAAGCAUUCCAGAUAAGGGAACCACACGUGUAUAAACACCUCGACAUGAAAAGGAGUAACUGAGGAACUGGAUGGAGACAGUGUGACUGAAUCUGGUUUUAUGAGGCUAUCUUAACCUUUUCUGACUGAUUUUAAGGGUUGCCCCAUUAAACUUCACUGUCACAGAGGACUUAGCUUCCAGUCCAGCCAUGUUUUCUAGGUAACCUCCCCUACACUUCAUGGUUCUGUGGUCAGAAAAGCCAGUGACCCCAUUCCAGCUUCUGGAUGGUAUUGCACACUGCGUUUCCUUGCUUUUGCACAGCAACCCUCCCCCACCUUUUUAUGUAAUCUUGGUACAUGAGUGGAAAGUUCAUGAAUCUUACAGAAACUGGCUUUGAAAUGGGAAGUGAAGUGGGAACCUAAGCCCCACUGGGAAAGCCCCUUUCCUUCAGGGCAUCAGUUGCUCUCAGGAAGAUGAGCAUGCCAACCUCUCCAGAGCUCCCUUCCAUGCUGACAUUACAGGCUCACCCGAACCAUCUAUGCUACCUUCAGGCCCUGGCCUAAAGCCAUUAACCUGGUAUUUUCCUAAUGAUUAAUAUUAUGCCUUGGGAGUGUCAUCCUGCUGGCCAAUGGCAUUUGUAAAUUGGGUGCUACUGUCAAGGGGACCAGCCAUUAGAGUGUAAUGUCCUCUACUCCUGAUAUAGGGGUCACUAGGACUGACCAGUCAUGGCUGCCUUUUUGCCCCCACCACCCCAUCAGUUCUUCCUUUCUCAGAGCUGUAAAGGGGAACGUGACUUCCUCCAGGAAUCAGAGCACCCCAGCUAAAGACUACGGUGUCCUGCAGAGUCCCUAGAUCAUCCCACUUGAAAUGGCAUCUUGCAUGUCUGAAAAAGAGUUCUACUUGAUUGUGAUCCACCCUCCCCCACCCAAGUAAUGCAGCUUUCCUCAGAGCACUCUCUAGUGGACCCUAGAGUACUGUCUGUUCAAAAGGCGCACUUUUCUUCCGGCUGUUUGUUUUCCCAUAGGCCAGUGCACAGAAUUAAAGGAGGAAUGAUGGCAACCAUUGUCUGGGACCUGCCUGGUAAAUGUAUUCUGAUAUUUUUAUUUGGUUAUAAAACAAUAAAAGGUUUUAACUUUAAA